AUGAGCGCCAUGAAAGGCGCGAGUACGAGCGCAGCGGGUCAGACGCCCGCUACGGUGGCGCUCGAAGCUCAGCCGCAGGAGACGGAGGCUCAUCAGCACGACGUGGCCGGACGCACCUCGCCGGGAAACUCAGAAUCCGAGGAGGACACGCGGAUGGCCACUAUCCGUAGCGUGCAGGCGGCCUUCAAUCUAGUCGACGACCCCGCGAAUCCAGAUGCAGACCUCAACUCGCCGCGAAAGCGCAUAGACUCGCUGAUCCAUCAGAAGACGUUGGAGAAGGAGGAUAUCGUGGACAGAGGGGUGCAGAAGCUGCCAUCCGUGCACCCCGAACCGCGUUUCGCGGUCAAGACUGAGGUCCUCAACUUCGUGAAGCAGACCUUUGAGGAGGUCCAGGACGUGCUGGACGCGCUGUCGCAGGCGGCGAAGCCAGAUAUGACCGACCUGGACUCGAAGCGCUGGGUAGUCGACCGGAACGACGUGCUCAUUCGCAACCUGACGCAUGCGCGAACCUUGUCCGCUCUGCAUCUCGCGUGGUCGGCCAUCAGCACGCGAGCGGCGGUGGCCCUUCAGGAGUAUCGCAAGAUGAGGACCAGAGCGGAAGCCCUAGCGCAAGGCCGUCACCCCCCUUUCAUGUCGCCUAUCACUACGCCUUCCAGCGUCUACCGCGAGCUCGAUGAGAUCUCGAACCCCGAGGAGCAGUUGAAGUACGUGGUCGGCGCGGUGCCGGGAUAUAAGGACAAAGACGAUUACGACCCGGAUGCCCCGCGGGCGUAUAGAAGACGCUUCAUGGGAAGGACCUUCGAGGAGAUGACGAUCGUGCCGCGAGAGCUGAGCCGCGCGUUCCCUGAACGUCGUCCUGAGUGGAACCCGGCCCUCAAGUACUACGUAGACGGGGAGCAGUUCGAGCACGAUGGCAAGUCAGAGACAGGAAACCCUCUAGCGGGCUACCCUGAGUUCGUACCGCCGAGGAAGGGCGGUAAAGGGAAGCAGCGAGCGGAGUUUCAAGACGACUCGAGAAGCGGUACCCAGUCCGAAAGGGAGAGGGAGGACUCGUCGAGGGAGAGGAGACAUACGCGCUCGAGAAGCCCGUCGCGCGAGGAGCGGUCCUCUUCUCGGCGAGAGUCGAAUCGUCGCGAUCGUUCUCCUCGACGGGAACUGUCACCUCAAAGGCGGCGUCAAUCGGGCAUUGGAGCUCUCGCUGGAGACUUGAAGCCAACCGCCUACGUACCCCCUCACAAGCAGUUCGGUUUUGAGUCGAUUUCUACGGCGCGCUACGCGCGUAGGGGCGAAUACAGCUCCAGCCGCGAGAGGGACUCGCCACCGCACCAAUCCAGAUCGAGGGGAAACGCGGACGACUCGGACUGGAGAAGGAGGCCUGAACGCGACAAGGAGCGACGUGACUCUAAGCGCAAACUCACCAGCGGCCCUCCGAAGCAAGGAAAAGGAGGUCGUCGAGAUGACCGUCAGAGGUCUGGACGGAGAGGUGGCGCACCGCCU